AUGCUUGAACAUUUAAUGCAUGUUAAUACUUGGUUUCCUAAAUAUGAAGUUGAUCUUGCUGAACAAACACAUUUCAAUGUUUUUGGUGAAAAACCAAAUAUUACAACAUCAUUUAUUAAACACGAAAAAACUGAACCACCAAAACAACAAGAACAGGCAAGUUUAAGUAAACAAAUUCAUGAUGUUAGAAAAAUUAUUAACCAAACUAAUCCAACAACAAUAACAUCUAAUGAAAUGAAUAUGAAUACUGAACAACGUCUAGCAAAUAUUGAAACAACACAUAAAAAUAUUUUACAAAUGCUCGAUGAUCUUAAACGACGUGUUGAACAACUUGAAUUAAACAAACAAACGAUUUGUGCGAAACCAGUUGAAUCAAAAAAACCUGCAGCUGCUGCUGAUGAUGAUCUUGAUUUAUUUGGUUCUGAUGAUGAAGAACAAAGUGAAGAAACAAAAAAACGUUUAGCUGAAUAUGCAGCAAAAAAAUCAAAGAAGGAACAAGUUAUUGCCAAAAGUACAAUUGUACUAGAUGUUAAACCUUGGGAUGAUGAAACUGAUCUUGGUGCUAUGGAAAAAGUAGUAAGAUCAAUUGAAGCUGAUGGUCUUGUUUGGGGACAAUCUAAAUUAUUACCAGUUGCUUUUGGUGUUAAAAAAUUACAAAUUGGUUGUGUUGUUGAAGAUGAUAAAAUUGGAACCGAUUUUCUUGAAGAAAAAAUUUGUGCAUUCGAAGAUUUUGUUCAAUCAGUUGAUAUUGUUGCAUUCAACAAAAUCUAA